AAUCCAAUCCUCGGGGGCAGAACAGAGCAGGCCAGGCCAGGCCAGGCGAUGGCUGCCGCGGCGGCGCCGGCCGCGAGGCCAGGGCUCCUCCUCCUGCGCCGCACGGACGCCACCUUCUCCGCGGCGCUGCGCGCGCGCUACCGCGUCUUGGACUUCUACGGCUCGGGCGCGCCCCUCGGCGCCUUCCUCGCCGCCGCCGCCGCGGAGCCGGACCCCCCGCGCGCAGCGCUCGUCGUCGCCGGCGGCGCCGUCCUCGUCGACGCGGCGUUCAUGGACGCCGUGCCCUCCCUCCGCUGCGUCGUCACCACGGGCGCGGGAGUGGACCACAUUGACCUCGCCGCCUGCGCGCGCCGCGGCGUCGCCGUCGCGGGCGCGGGCAAGAUCUUCUCCGCUGCCGACCGCUACGUCCGCGCCGGGCUCUGGCCGGCGCAAGGGGACUACCCACUUACCUCCAAGCUGAGCGGCAAGCGCGUGGGCAUCAUCGGCGUCGGCAGCAUCGGGUGGCUGAUCGACAAGCGCCUCGAGGCAUUCGGCUGCGUCGUCUCCUACCACUCGAGGGCGCCCAAGGCCACCUCCGUCCCCUACCGCUACUUCCCGGACGCGCACGCCCUCGCCGCGGACUGCGACGCUCUGGUCGUCGCGUGCGCGCUCAACGACGCGACGCGGCGCAUCGUGGGGCGGCGCGUGCUGGACGCCCUGGGGCCGAGCGGCGUGGUGGUGAACGUCGCGCGCGGGGGGAACGUCGACGAGCAGGAGCUCAUCGCCGCGCUGCGGGAAGGAAGGAUCGCCGGCGCUGGGCUCGACGUGUUCGAGAACGAGCCGCACGUGCCGCCGGAGCUGCGAGAAAUGGACAAUGUCGUGCUGACGGCGCACGAGGCGUCGUUCACCGAGGAGUCGGCCUCUGACCUCCGCGAGCUCAUGAUCGGGAACCUAGAGGCCUUUUUCUCCGGGAAACCGUUGCUGACGCCGGUGCCUCUUCCAUAGCUAGUAUAUUCUUUUUUACUGCAAGUGGAGUGCAUUGCGUCUGGGUUUCAGUUGCAAGCACAAUUCGGAAUGUUCAUGACCCAACAGAUCCUAUUGUAUUUCUUUUUUUUUAACUUAAAAUUGUAUUUCAGUAUGUCUACGAACUAGGUAGUUGCAAGCUGUGGCACUUUUGUUUCAGUUGUGAUCAAUGGGGUAGUAGAAUGUUUUAAGAUGAUGAAUAAGUCCAGUACUGCAGACUGCAGAGGCACGGCACCUUUCAGUGUGUGUAUAUGUUGCCAAGAAAUUGUAUCCAGCCAAUACAAAAUAAAGGAGAAAAACCAAAUGUUUGUAUCAGAACA